AUGCGAUUUAUGACACGAACUAUUUCGCUCGGCUCGAGCAUCAUGCGAGCAACAUCUCUUCGGUACUGCUCAACAGCUGGAUCGUCUGGUGCAAGUGCAGACUCUCCAGAGUCUUCCGAUGUGUUCGACGAUUUUGUGGAUAGUCUCGGACGUGAUGUGACGGAUAUGAACAGAGGCUUAACAUUUUCUCGUAUGUUACGGCAGUCGAAAUUUGUACAGCUAGGAGAUUUUAAUGGUCGCCUCGUCACUGGGAAGAUCGUGCAUCGAGUACAGGAUGAUCUCUAUAUCGACUUCGGAUUAAAGUUCAAUGCGGUCUGCAAGGCACCUGCAGUGAACUCUGAAGCUUACCGAGAAGGAGCUGCAGUAUUGUUAAGACUCCAUGAUCCAGAACUGAGCGAGCAAUUUCUUGGUUCCAAGCAUGACUUGACAUUACUUGAAGCUGAUGCAACGUUGAUUCGGCUUCUCCGUCGCCCCACUUCUGAAAAAGGAGGAGAGAGGGUCAGAAAACCUCGAAGCUCACUUGCUGACGAGUUACCCAUAAACGCUGGCGAUAAGCCAGAAAAUGCAGUUGCCUAG